GUGUCACUUUUUAAACGCUUUGGUGGUGGUGGUCCGUUGGCGGUUUUUCUAAUAAAUGUUAUUUUGUUGUAAAUAGGUUAAUGAAGUAAUUGUGUUAAGUGUUAUAAGAUAAGGCAUUGAGUUAUUUGGGCUGACCAAAAAUGGGUGACUUUGCUGAUUUACUCCAAGAAGCGGAGAAGAUCACCGUUGAUAUAGAAGGGACAAAAGAGCUCCCGAAAGUUGAUCGAUCCAUUCGUCAAGUAUUAGAAGCUUCAAAUGAUUUAUACACAAAAAUAGCUCAAACUGGUUCAAAGGAUAUUCAAGCAAAUUUAUUGCUAGGUUCAAAAGGAGUCGACCUUCCAAAAAUUAUACAAAAACUAGAGUCAAUUAGUACAAAACGUACAUUUGAAUCAAUCGAACCUGUGGAGGAUGUUAAUGCCGUUGGAAUUUUAGAAAACGAAAUUCAAAAUUGCAUUCUAAGUGUGUUUGAAACAGGCUUUAACAAAUGUAUGAAAACUAUUUCUGAUUGUUCAUGGGAACAUCAGGCUAGUGAAUGGAAACAAGAAAAACGAAAAAUUUUAAAUUCAAUGAUUGGACCUUCAGGAGCGCUUAUUGAAGCUGGUAAACAUUCAAAUGUUUUUAUGGAAAGGCCUAUUUCUAUUGCACCCAAUUUGGGUGUUGCGGAAACAUUGUAUGCAGCCAAAAUCAUUGAGUAUAAUCAAGCAGUUGGCCGAAGCAUGCAGAAGCCAAAUCUGAUUAGUAGUUUUAUCAAUGUUGCAAAUGAACUAAGAGAUGCUAAAGUUAAGGAUAUGUGGGAUAUCAUAAAAUACAUGACACAACUUCCACCGUUCCCUCAGUCUGAGGAUCAGAUCAAAACACGAAAUUCAGCAGCCGUUAUAAACGCUCUUGUGAAACAAGGCAAAAAAUAUUUGGAAGAUCGCUACAAAACUUACAUGAGUAAUAUAAUUAACGAAAAUUUAUCAACCGCCAUGCUCGGAGGAGUUCCAGGAACAUACCCGCUAGUUCGUAGUUAUGUUGGUGUUCGUCUUCAGGGUGAAUAUUCAGGCCUCAAAGAUGACAAAAUUGAUGGAAGACCGUUGUGGCCAAUGGUUUACUACUGUCUAAGAAGUGGCGAUUUAGCUGCAGCGAUUUAUUGCCUUAAAAAGAAAAACGAUAAGGAAUUUCAAGACAUUAUUGCGAUUUUGGAGGCAAAACUUAAUCAUCCAGAUAGUCCUGAAAUUUGCAAACUUGAAGAUAACAUUAGAUACAAUUAUCGUAGACAUGUUCGCAAUGAAACUGACCCUUUUAAACGCAUAGUCUGCGCAGUGCUUGGUUGCUGUGACGUUGUUGAUGAACACUCUGAAGUUGUUCGAACCGCUGAUGAUUAUCUUUGGUUGAAACUGAGCUUAGUUCGAGCGGAUUACGAAAAAGAUGAUCAUAUUAAAUAUGCCGACUUACAGAGAAUGAUUUUGGAAGAAUAUGGCGAAACUCACUACGACGCAAUGAACCAACCGCAUCUUUAUUUCCAAGUUCUAGCCCUUACUGGUCAGUUUGAAGCAGCCAUCGAAUUUCUUCCCAGAAUUGAGAGAUACAAAGUCCACGCAGUUCAUAUGGCUAUAGCUUUAAAUGAAUUAUAUUUGCUAGCCGGGUCACGUGAUAGCACCUCACCUCUUAUAUCAGUUGAUCCAGUGGAUGUAAAACCAGCGCGAAGAUUGAAUCUUGCCCGGUUAAUAAUGAUUUACGUUCGAAAGUUUGAAAUAACCUGCCCUAAUGAAGCUUUACACUAUUUCUAUAUUUUACGUAAUUUCUGCGAUGAGAAUGGAGUAAACUUAUUUAAGAUUUGUGCUUGUGAUUUAGCUAUUGAAACAAAAGAAUACAAUAAAAUUUUAGGGGUUAUUCAACCCAACGGUCUGAGGACUAAGGGUUUAAUAGAUCAGUUCACUAAUGCAGAGAUUAGUGCUGACGAGAUUGCUCAAAUGAUUGGUGAUAAUUUGGUGAAAAAGGGUCUGUUUGAAGAGGCUAUAGAUGUGUAUGAUAUAGCAAAUAAUCAAGAAGAAGUUUUAAAUUUAUUCUGCACCUUAUUAUCACAAGUGGUGCAUUUACCUCCUCAACCCAGUUCUUUGAAGGAGAGGUUACAAGAGAAAGCGAAUAUUUUAAGUGAUCGAUAUGCAAGAGAAGGUUACAAGGCAUCAUCAAAUAUUGUGACUUCAUACAUAAAGUUGAAACAGUUGGCGAUAUUUUUUGAUCAGUACCAUUCUAAACAGUUUUCUUUGGCUUUAAAGACAUUAACUGAUCUUCAAAUCAUCCCACGCCAAGCACAUGAAGUUGAGGAAAGAGUUAAAGCAUUUAAAAAGUUAAAUGUUGAUGUGUGCAAGGUAAUUCCUGACGUUUUGUUAGCAACUAUGAAUAUGUUGUUCGCCGACUAUCAGAAAAUCAAAGAAAAUGAGUAUAUUCCAAGCCGAUACCAAGACAACAGUAUGGAGAAGCAAUUAUCACAUCUUAGGGAACAAGCUAAAAUUCUAAUAAACUUUACUGGAUUGUUGCCUUACAGAAUGCCGGGCGAUACGAAUAGUAAAUUAGUUCAAAUGGAAAUUUUAAUGCAUUAGUUUUUUUAUGGUCAUACUUUUUAAAUAAAGCUAGAGAUUUUCGAAA